GCCUCAUUCAGCCUCCACGGCCUUAUACUGCUCCCCACCUCCCAAAGUGGGUUCUAAACUUCAAACGGGCCAGAUCUGAGAUUCCUCACGGCGAGUAAACAUCAAUCACACAAACCUACACCACUUUGCUACUACUUAUACUUUGAUUCAAACAAAGUUGCAAUAAGAGGUACCCAGUAUCGCGCAUUUCGGUAACAGGUAAGAAAGUUCACCAUUUUACGUUUUCCCUUGAGGUCUCAUUCAGCCUCCACGGCCUCAUACAGCCCCUCACCUCUCAAAGUGGGUUCUAAACUUGGAGACGUACCUGGUCUAAGAUUCCUCACAAAUGUCAACAACAAUCUCAUAAUCAUAAUCCACCGUAUUACUACUAUAUUUAACAGUAUAUGUUUUUUCAUUUAUUUCUACAUAUCAUUACUUAGACCUGUGUCAUUACCGCAGCUCGCCAAGUCCUACGCCAUCGACAACCUACAGGCUACCUGGUUCCCUGCUUUGCAAUAUCAGGUAUUGGUAAUCUUACUCACUACAAUUACGUUUCUCCUUAAGCCCUCACUUCACCUUCAUAUCAUUCAAAUAAAAUUCACAUUGUGGGGCCUUAGCUAUCCUAAGUAAUACUACUGUCCCACAAGGUCUACACCCCACCUCAUACACGGAGGUUUCAGCCCCAUGACCAAAUCAUAGUUAGACACCUAGCUCGCCCUUAUUUUGGGCUACAGCUAGGGCCUUCCAAGUCACGGCCACACGUUUUGAAUCUCUUACAGUCACGAGAGGCUGACAUCCUGCCACCACGUUCUAGUGGCCAAAAAAUUCCCUCGGCCCAAAUCAUAGGUAGAGCCUCUCUCCGCCACUUGGCACUAGCAAGGCCUCACCUGUCACUUGGUUCUAGGUAAAUUCUUCGCCUCAGCACUAGCUAGCAGGCCAGUUCUCCGAAGGUCUCAUCCACACCUCUAAGACACAUUACUUAUCCAAAUCAUAAUUUCUUUUUCAGAAUGUCACAAGUAUCCAUCCCAAUAAUCGGUCUGCUGUUGUAUGGAAUACCCAGCACGCCAAUCUGGCCUGGGUCUCCAAAGGAAUCCCUCACCACUUCUACCCUCAGUUACCUGGGAUUCUGGUACAUUCCAAAAAUAUCAGCAGAGCCCCAGCCACUGCCAGUAAGGCAGAACUACACAGGCUCACGACGGCUCAGACCAACGUUCCCAGGCCCGGCGCUAGUUCACAAGGGCCGUCAGCUUUCUCCUCAGAGUCCAAUCAGGAGACCCCGGUCGCUAUCCUGGCCAGCCUCCAAAUGAUUACCAGGCUGAUAAAUGAAAUCGGCUAUAGCCACACCAGGUGUGUCUUUAAGCCCGGCAGGCCAUCACCUGGCAAUCUCGGUCAUACAGUCGGGCUUACCCCGUCCCCCACCAACCACUAUCACUACUCCACCCGUCUCACCGGCCCACUCUGUUCCAAUUUCCACGGAGAAGGUAAUUCUCGUUGGAAAGCACGUUAAACUAACAUCACUACUUAACUUCACAAGACACCCUUCAUUAGUAAGGUUACAUUCAUGGUGACAUUUCAGUAGUCCUAAACAGCUAGAUCACGACUUAACAAAGCUUUCCAUUCCUAUGUUUAUCAUUGCUUCUCGCAUAGAGUCAGCCACUUCCACUUCUCACCACUCCUUCACCCCACGCACUAGUCAGGGAGGCGGCCAGAGGGGCUAGCCGGGCUGACCAUUUAAUUUCUGGGGAAGGCUCGGGUGCACUAUUCUUUGAUAUGGGGAUAUGCUAUUUCACAACAUGCAGGGUUUUGCACAUCUGCUCCAGAACCCACACCUAAUCCACAUACGUAGACCGUCUGUCACAUAAGAUAUGCCCAACUAUGGAAUACCAUCUGCAUUUACAUCCAGCUAUGCCGGAUUUCUCAGAGGGGUUCACACGGGCCUUAUCGCCAUUCCCACAGGUACACUCGUAUGCCCUAUCCUAUUAUCUGCACCCAUUGACCCUCUUACGGUGGACCACCUUCUGUCCACAGCAGUCAUACGCUGCUUUCACGAACGUAGCCAUUCACUAUACCCUAUAAUACUGAUCAUAGACCUCUUCCACACUGCACUCUACAUCCAUUCCCAGCAUCAAACUCCCUCAUUCCCACAAUGAAAUUCUCACUGCACUACGAAAAUCAACCAUGCCAUACAAGCUAUCACUUCAGUAAGUAGUAAGGCUUGGUUGAGCAACACCUUUAAUCUACUACCUAUUCAACCUUCACUAUGGCACCUGGGCUACGUUCCGGUGGCCAUCCUCACUAACCAUUUUGUGGCUGUUUUACAGGCUGACUUGGCUGGCAGCAACCUCUCAGCUCUUUUUAGUCUGCCUUUAUGUUCCUGGCAUCCACAACACAGCCGCUGACGCUCUUUCACGCUCAGUUCAAGGUCUUCUUUCAGGCACCCCCUACGACCCACUACGUACCAUCCAGGAUACCACCAUUUCAUGAGCUAAUCUUGGACUGAGCACACAAUUACACCUCGUACAGUUACGCACGCUUCACGCAGUUUCACGACUACUCUAUCACUCACACUAGGGCUUUGUAUAUUGUACCAUGACACAAGCAGAGUUUACUUGAUUCAUGACUCUUGCAGUUAAACUAUUGUAAUUUUUGCCUCUUCCUCUAAAUCUACAAAUCAAACAUCUUAUUUAUACCUCCUAUGCUGUCACUCCAUUUUUUACGUAUCCAAGGUAAGCCACAUACUAUAAGUACUAAUCCAUUACUUCAUGUCUAAACCUUUCAUUAAGGUAAGCUACAUCAUGGCUUACUUCGCUGGUCCCUCUUUUUCGCAAAAACGCUGCAUCAGCAGCUUCAAGCUCUUACACCCCAGUCUACAUCACUAAGUGAAGGGGCCACAGGUAAUCCUCAGCUCAGUUACAUAUAUACCUCAAUCAGAGUAAAACUCCUUACACGCUUUCAGUACACAAGCUGUAUAAACUUGCAAUAAAGUGUGUUUUUCUUUGAAUCCUAUUUUGCCCUCUUUGCUUCUCCUUCUACAUUCCAUUACAUAAUAGAUAAAUUCCGAGCACAAGUUGGAAGGCCAUUUGGCCUGAAUUUGUGGGAGGAGUUAUGAUCCUAUAUAAACCCUACCCCCCUACUUACCUUUGUUGUGCAAGCUGUUUGUCCCCAUCCACCUACACCCAUAUAUAUUAACAAUUCACCUUGUGGGCCCUCUUUUACAGGCCUACUCGUACGUUGGUUUCGGCACACCUCAACCAACUUUGCUUCUCCUUCUACAUUCCAUUACUUAUUAGAUAAAUUCCAGAGCACAAAUAUAUAUACCCUAUAUCUAAACCUGUAUCUUUUCAUGGGAGGUACUGUUGUCAUGAAUGAACACAAAUAAAUGUGUUUUAGAGCAGGUAAAGAUAUAUGACAAUGCUAUCAUCAGUGAAAAGUGUGGCCAGGGUUUGUGACUAAGUGGCUACUAGACAUUUUGAAUACAGUGGCUUGUCUAGUUUUGCACAUGAUGGGGGUAAUUUUCAUUCCUUGGCUGCCAUACAGUCUCAAGAAAAUCAAUAUUGCAAACUGGAAUGUGUAAAAGCUGAAUGUUUUUCUAUCUUACAAACAUUAAAUAAUAUGCUGAAACGAAAUAUGCAUUUAACCCCUUAAGGGCGGAGCCAAAUGUACACGUUGUGAACAAAACAAAAUGUAAAUAAAACCUGGCAUUUGUGCUACAUGUCUGUCACCUCUUUCAUAUUAAAUGCACCCACCCUUAUUAUAUAUUAUUUUAUUCAGGAGAAACAAGGCUUUCAUUUAAUAUCAAAUAUUUAGCUAUGAAACAUAAUUUUAUUUUUUUAGUUCUACAUGACAUUUUAACUGUCAAUGUCAUAAUAAUGUUUGCUUUUACUGCAAUAAAAUACACAUAUUUGUAUUCAGCGAUGUCUCACGUGUAAAACAGUACCCCCUAUGUGCAGGUUUUAUAGCAUUUUGGGAAGUUACAGGGUCAAAUAUAGCACGUUACAUUUGAAAUUGAAAUUCGCCAGAUUGGUUACGAUGCCUUUGGGACUUUAUAGUAGCCCAGGAAUUAAAUUUACACCGAUAAUGGCAUACCAUUUGCAAUAGUAGACAACCCAAGGUAUUGCAAAUGGGGUAUGUCCAGUCUUUGUUAGUAGCCAUUUGGUCACAAACACUGGCCAAAGUUAGCGUUAGUAUUUGUUUGUGUGUGAAAAAUGCAAAAAACGCCAAUUUUGGCCAGUGUUUGUGACUAAGUGGCUACUAAAAAAGACUGGACAUACCCUGUUUGCAAUACCUUGGGUUGUCUAAUAUUGCAAAUGGUAUGCCAUCAUAGGGGUAAUUUUCAUUCUUGGGCUACCAUAGGGUCUCAAAGGCAACGUAACCAAUCUGGCGAAUUUUAAUGUGAAAAAAAUGAAACGCAAGCCUUAUAUUUGACACUGUAACUUUUGAAAACACCAUAAAACCUGUACAUGAGGGGUACUGUUGUACUCGGGAGACUUCGCUGAACACAUAUUUGUGUUUCAAAACAGUAAAAGGUAUCACAGCAAUAAUAUUGUCCGUGUAAUGCUGUUUGUGCGUGAAAAAUGCAAAAAAACUUCACUUUUACUGGCGAUAUCAUCGUUGUAAUACAUUUUACUGUUUUGAAACACUAAUAUUUGUGCUCAGCGAAGUCCCCUGAGUAGAACAGUACCCCCCAUGUACAGGUUGUAUGGUGUCUUGGAAAGUUAUAGGGUUAAAUAUAGUGCUAGCAAAUUAAAUUCCCUUUACUUUCGGCAUGGGUUGUCAGGCAGGUCCCGCUAAUUGUAAUUAAUUAAGAUACCCAAUUAUGUAAAAAUAUUACAGAAAUAUAUAUGUAGAAUUAAUAUAUGUAUAUAUAUACGUAUGUGAAUAUAUAUAAUUUUUAAAAAAUAUUUUUAUUUAUAUAUAGGUAUAUAUAUAGUGAUAUAUACGUAUAUAUUUAUGUAUAUAGAUAUAUAUAUUAUUUAGUUUACGUGUAUUUUGAUAUAAAUAUAUAUAUAAUAUCACAAUACAGUUAGAGCUAAAUAAAUACACAUCUAUAUAUUUUUAAUUAUUUAUUUUUAUUUAUUUUUUAUUUUAUUUUUUAACGUAUUUACAUAUUUAAUUUUUUAUAUUAUAUAUAAAUAUAUAUAACAAUAAUUAUAUAUAUAUUUAAUCAGUAUCAGUCUACGUGUAAUUUGAUAUUAAUAUAUAUAUAUAUAUAUAUAUAUAUUAUAUAUAUAUUAAUAGUAAAAUACACCUAGACAGUGUAUGUGUUUGUAUGUAUAUGUGUAUAUAUAUAUUUAUAUAAUAUAUAUAUAUAUAUAUAUAUAUAUAUAUAUAUAUAUAUAUAUAUAUAUAUAUAUAUAUAUAUGUAGUAUAUAUAUAUGAUCUAAGUAUAUAUUAUUAUUUUUUUACACUGAUUAACUUUUUUUUAUUUUAUUUUCAGCCAGCAGGGGGACCACCUGUCAUUACAGGCAGCCCCCCUGCUGGUAAUGCAGGAGGCAGCCUACCCGGCCAUGUGAUUGUGAGGUCCUCACAAGGACCUUACUCUCACAUGGCCGGGGGGAGCUUCAGGAGGAAGAUUUGCCGCGGGGGGGCUCCCUGGGACUCCCCCCAACUGCGAUCGCCGGCAUGGGACUGCUGGCGACCGGGUAAGUAAGAAAAGACCGGAGGGCAUACUAUUACGCCCGGCGGCAUUUAGAGCCACCUAAAAUAGGGCGUAAUAGUACGCCCUCCGGUCUUAAGGGGUUAAACAUUACUUCCCAAGACACCCCAAAUACCUUUUUUGCAAACUGCUUAGUAGUGAAGGGGUUAAAAUAAAAACUUUACUUGCACACCAUCUCAAAUCCCUAUAUACAUUUAAAUAACGUGUUUCAUGCUGCUGAAAAGGCCAUUAAACUGAGCCGUCCAGGUAAAUCGCUUGGUGAGCCCUACAUUAAAAAUUCACCUUGCUGCUUUCAGUUAAAAGGCAAAAUCUCUGAGACAAAACGGGAUAUUCUUUUGAUCCCACACACUUAUUAACUAUAGUGUGGCUGUUUAAUACAAAAGCAAAAUAAAACCCUUAGGAUUUAUCUAACCUUACCAUAUAUAAUGAAUAAUUUAUCAAACCCAUAUCACAUUCCUUAUUCCAGAUCCCCAGAGCUCGAUGUAAUGACUAUUGUCCUCCUGGAACCAGGAAAGCCCCCAAUGGAGGAUAUCACACCUGCUGCUAUGACUGUAUUCCAUGUAAUAAUGGGGAAUUUUCCAAUGUAACAGGUAUGGUGGGGUAUUAUGCAAAGAGGAGCUUUAUAACAGGUUUAAUAAAGUUAUAAUCAGUAAGAUGCUUUAUUGCAGGGAUGAUGUUAUACACAAUAAGAAGCUGUAUGGCAGGUAUAAUGUUAAACACAGUGAGUAUCACACAGUGUCCUUUCUUAUUCUCCCACCAUUUGCUAGUGAGUGUUGGGUUAAAACAAAUAAACCAUAAGGCUGUACCCUGUAGCAGUGCUGCAGUACUGAGAAUUAAUAUCUCUGCUGUAAUCCUCUGGACCUGGAAGGGAAGCACUGGUUAGUGAAUAUAGCCCAUUCCACCAAUAACAGGACGACACACAAUUCUGGCAGUCAACUGAUUUUUAUUAGCCCACACACGGCUUUUUAUGCACAGCCCCAUAGUGUGGGGUCUCCAGGACAAGUUUAUAGGGAAUUUUCCCAAGAUCCACUGGGAAUGAAAGAUAAUUGAGCUGGGAAUUUUAGAUAACUCAAUUAUCUCUGUUACAUGAAAUACAUAAAAUGUUAUUGUGACAAACUCCCCUUUUCAAGUGAGUUUGCACAAGUUCCUGGAGGAACCUGCUUGUCAGCCUCCUGCCCACAGACUAUGGACCCUGUAAAAUGUAAUGUAAAAGUCUCCAUUUGUGUAUUUGGACUAUAUGGUUCAGGGGCCGAACAGCUGCAUGAACCACCCUGGAGCUUGUAAAGCCUAAUUGCUACUUUGUAGCAAUUUCCACCUCAGUGUUCUAAGUGUUCGUCUGGGUGGCCACAAUUUGAAACGUUCAUACGAACAAGGGGAACAAGCUCCAGGGUAAGACUAUUGACUAUGUUCGGUAGUUUGUUCAUUUUUCAACUAUAGAACUAGACCGACGGCAAGCCCUGAUUAUUUGGAACUGCUUUGUGCAUGGGUCGGUCAAAUUAUGACUUCCAGGAAAUUCCUGAACCCCUGAACAGAUCUGGGUGAUUUUUGUAGAUGUUAAUCACCCAAAACAGGGCUAUCUGGGGAUGUAAAUUUUUAACAUAUUUGUGUGACAGAUCCAUCUGUAUAGACUAAGAUUCCUGGUUCGUCUGUUUUGCCUCCUUUUGUGGAAUUACCUGUCCGUAUGCCCCUGUUCGUUUAUUUGACUUUUCUACCGAAUGAACUUACCGAACGGCCACCCAGAAAAGAAGUGUGCUGCUGGUUAACCUCUUGAUCCAAAUUAGAACGUUGUGGUUAACUGCAGACACCUCACAAUUAUAACUGAAUACAGGGUGGUCGUCGUUCGUAUGUCGACCACGAAGCGGCGGCCAUUUUAAAACAGGCAAAAGUCCAGCGGUGCUCGGCACGGAUUGUAUGGAACUGAAAACAGACACCUUUUCUGCCGAACACCGCUAAAACCACCGACCUCCCUUCUCCAUCGACCAAGGCAUGCGAACACCGGCCGUUCGGGAGUUUGAACCGCACGAAUGGACUUAACCCAGAUAGCCUUCCCAUGGAGUCAAUCGCAUACCGAAAGACUGUACAAGACUUUGACUCCAUGGCGAUUGAACUGUGCAUAUGGGAUCUUAGCGCUAUUCGCCAAUGAUAUGCACUCAGAUCCAGGUUAUCUGGGGAUACGUUACACGAAUGGGAAAUGUUCGGUAGUUGUCAAGUUAUAUAUUUUUAUGUGUUUUUUGGGUCACAUCUAAAAUGGCGAUUUGCCUCUGUCCUGGGAGAUAAUUUAAUAACUUCUCAAUUAUCCCCAGGGCAGAGGGGAGGAAACCAUGAUGUGCCUGUGUGUCCUGAAAUGCUGUAUGUCCAUCUGCCAUUACAGUCUCCCAUUUGGUCCCCUAGGGGAGUGUCCACCAAGUGGGAGACCUGCAUAAAUACGGGCGGGUAGCCCACAGUAAACCCAGUUCAUGUUUUACCCUCAAGACGGAGCUUGGUCUCGUUAUUGGAGGGGAAUUUACUACAUGAAUAGCGACUGCCGGAUGGAAGUAUUAGCCGCUUGGGAGAUAUAUGGUUUUGGCUGUUAGCGGCGAUUCUGGAGUUUACUGAUCGUGAAGAGAUCGGGAGAUUGGAGCAUUCCCCUGCUUGCAGUUCGUAUGAUUGGAGUUGGUACGAAUGUAGCCUGCAUUAUGGUGAGAGAGGAGGAUUAACCAAACGGCGGUUUUAUUAUUUGAUGCUGAGAGUGCCGUUACAAUUUGUAUGUAUUUUUAAGGUAUUUUUGGGGUGUUUGGGAAAUGUGGUUUUUUUUUGUGCUUGGAGAUAAUUGAGUUUAAUACAGUGUUUUACUCAAUUAUUUCCCAGGCACAGGGGAGGUAUUGUUUUGUUUUGUAUGGGAGUGUCCUGGACCUAAAAACCAAUGUAAUCAUAUGUAUUUUUGUACUGUAGUCUACUCUCAGGUCCAGUUGGGAGUGCCCAUUGCAUGGGGACCUGCAUAUAAGGCCAGUUGUGGCUGCCAUUAAACGUAUUCCAGCUUGUACUCCCAGAACUAUGUGUUAUCUGGUUACUGGUAGGGGAAAGGGCUAUUCUUUAAUCACUGUUCCAGUGUGGAGGAUUCAACGUGGAAAGUCCUUGUAAGGACUAGAGCUCCCAGUCGUCCAGUGCCUGUGGAUGUCUAGAGUGAAUCCCCAAGUUGGAUCCAGGAGGGAGCGGUUCCAGGACACCACUCAAGCCACAACGACUGUGAGCAGAAGUGCUGUGGUUUGUCCCCUGUUCCAGCUAGGAAACAGUCCUUGGCGGAGGUACGCAGUUCCAAGAUACGUUUGACAAUGUUUAUUGGGCACACAGCUUUUUAUGCACGGACCCCCACAGGGGGUCUCAAUUCAGCCCAACACAAAACACAUACAUGAGGGAGCUGGGGAACAGAUAACCAUCUCCCACUCUGGGAGAUACUAACAGGACACAGGGACACGCAGAACUACACUAUAUAUACGGGGGGUGGAAUUUGGGGCUCAUUCCCCCGGGAUGGGAAGGGGGUACAGGGUUACAUUUCAUUUGGAUAAAGAAAUUGGAUAAUGGAUAUCAGACGAAAUGGCUUGAACCAAAUUGCUCAAUCAGCGUAGGGGGAGGAAGAAAGGGUGCGAAACUCGACUACACCAAUCCGUGCUUAAGGAGGAUAGGGGUUUCGCGGCCCAAUCAAAAGAUAGUGCGCGAAACCCGAUGUCACCAAUCCGCUGAAAGGCACGAAUAGAAUCAGCGUCCAGGGGCGGAAGGGGUUUCACCACCCAAUCCGAUGGAAGGGCGCAAAACCCUGUUUGAACAAGUGCUCCUUCUCGGAUUGGUCGCUCACACCCUGCGGCGACCAAUCAGUGCUUUACUCGUGCCGGCCAACCAGGAGAGUGGUGCAAACCCAGUUUAAAUGGGGGGUCCCUCUCCCAUUGGUCGGAACGAACUUUCAUGCGGCCAGCAGAAACCCUCACAGCCCCAGGGACUCUCUCUGCUGGCAUGCAUCCCUCUCUCUGUUGAAUAUCCCCAUGCAGGUAUCCACCGGGGAGAGUGCUCUCCUGAGUAGCCAAGAGUGUAGCCUCGUAGCUCCCAGGUAAGGGACAGAGAAGAGGAAUUAUAGCAACCUUAAGGAGCGGGUAGGACAAGGAAAAGGGAGGAGUGAUUAUAGCUCUGUUGGGAGUGGGUAGGAUGAUCCAUGACACCGGGAUUGAAGAUAGUGUACACAGGCCGGUUCGAAAGGUGAAUGCUCCCCCAGGUGGUCAUUCGGGAAUAUGAACCGGCGGCCACCCAGGGGAAGCACGCGCAGCUCAUUUUCCUGCGGUCUGUUGUUUCACACCUCGCUAACGUUCUAAUUGGAGUAUCAGGGUGGUCCAGCACUGUUCGGGAGAUUAAUUUUCCCCCUUGUGGACGUUCGGUAAUACAAACCGGCAGCCACUCAGGGGAAGCAAGCACCGCUUGUUUACUUGCAGUCUGUAGUUUUCACACCUCGUUAGUAAGGUGUGAACAUUCUAAGUAAACGUUUUAACUGAGGUGCCGGGGUGGUCCGGCGCACAGGGCUCCGUGCACCGGAGCGCCCCCAGUCGGUCAAAAGGUGUGUUGCAGGAUUUUAUAGUCAAAACUACAGAAAGAGGAAUAGGAAAGAGAGGAAACACAUAUUCUAGGAGGGCACAGUCACACAUAAGCACAAUUCACAGUUUAGGCAAUCUCGCCACAGGGGAGACUACGAUGACCCUGAUUUACAUAGAAACAUAGAAUAGAAACAUAGAAUGUGAUGGCAGAUAAGAACCAUUUGGCCCAUCUAGUCUGCCCAAUUUUCUAAAAUGCUUUAAUUAGUCUCUUAUAUCUAAGAGAGCCUUAUGUCUAUCCCAUGCAUCCUUAAACUCCUUCACUGUAUUAACAUUUACCACUUCAGCUGGAAGGCUAUUCCAUGCAUCCACUACCCUCUCAGUAAAGUAAUACUUCCUGAUUUUAUUUUUGCCCCUCUAAUUUAAGACUAUGUCCUCUUGUUGUGGUAGUUUUUCUUCUUUUAAAGAUGGUCUCCUCCUUUACUGUGUUGAUUCCCUUUAUGUAUUUAAAUGUUUCUAUCAUAUCCCCCCUGUCUCGUCUUUCCUCCAAGCUAUGCAUGUUAAGAUCCUUUAACCUUUCCUGGUAAGUUUUAUCCUGCAAUCCAUGAACCAGUUUAGCAGUGGGAGGCUUUUGAAACUAGUCUGGGGUUUGGAGAAUCCAACAUUGCCCGCUUCUUGUCCAUCCGAGCUGAGCGGGCAGACAACUGGGACCUUACUGAGAUCGCUGCCAUAUAGCCAGACUUGUCUUUUCUGGCCAACCUGGAGUGGGAACUAGAACAGGAUUAUGUUUGCCUAUUCCAACAGGUAAUGUCGCCUGUCUUCGAAAUAAUGGGGUUUAUGAACUGUGCAACACUGGGAGAGUUGAGUUUCGUCCCUCCUCCCCAGCAGCUGUGCCCAUCAUCAAGAGAUAAGGCACCUGGCCUGGAUGGUGCAGAUGGAUCCAUGGUCUCUGUGCCUGCCAAGCAGGAAAGCAGGGUGGCUGACCCAGACCUGCCACACUCCAGUUGGGGAGAGCUGACUGCUGUACCCCCUGUUUUACUACCAGUUCCAGAAACAGGGGACCUCAUAGACCGGUCUUGGGAAGACCCCCAGUUGGCAGAUGGAGAUGGGACCAAGGUCUCUCCACUGGCCCUACAGGGAUGCUGGGCAGCUUGCCCAAAUCUCCAACCACAGAUGGAGAUGUCAGGAGUGGGGACAGUCGGCCCCCCUCACCAGCGGCCGAGUGAGUUACAGGGAGAGAAGUGUGUCGUCCUUCCUCCCCAGUGGCAGAGUAUGUUAUUUUGAUAAGAGACGGUCGGCCUCUCUCCCAGCGACAGUAUAUUAUGCAGGGAGAAGAGACAAACGGUCUUUCUUCCCAGCGGCAGACAGAGUUACAGGGAGUGGAGACGGUCAGUCUCACUCCCCAGUGGCAGUGUGUGUCACAGGUAGAGGAGACGGCAGGACCAUCUCCCCAGCAGCAGCAUGCAUUACAGGGAGAGGAGAGUAUCAUCCUUUCUCCCAGCGGCAGCAAGAAACACUUUGGGAGGGGACAGUCGGUCUCCCUCCCCAAACACAGGGAAAGAUACAAGGAGUGGAGACGGUUGGUCCCACCCACCAGCAGCUGGGGCUGUCAUCCAGAGACCAAUGUCUCUGCACCAGCCCUACAGAGAUGCUGGGCAUCCCGCCCAGAUCCUCAACUGCGGAAUCCCGGCCAAGAUAAGGAUGUCAGCAGCCGCUCCGCUGACACCUUCCCAGCAGAAGAACUGGUACCUAGACAGAGAGCAGUUGGCCUCUGCCUGCCCCUUUCCCUUUAUCCAGAACCUGAGGUUACACAGGCCACCCCAGCUGAAGUGCUGGUUACAGGGCAUAGCACAGGGCAUAGCACCACUGGCCUCUGCCCACCAGGCACGGAUGAAGGAAACUGCGCCCUCCGUCCCCAUCAACAACUUGAUCCAACCGGGGGGAGUGCAUCCAAGUUGUUUAUCCGCAGGACACUGGAUGUACAAAUGGGCACUUGUGGCAGGAGGCUGCAUGGACAACUAUGCCUUUUAGGAAAGGCCAUCAGACUAUCACCGACCCAGACAGAUUGGAGGCCUGGGAUCUGGAUAGUCUCCCCGGGAGGGGGAAGAUGUGUGACAAACUCACCUUUUCAAGUGAGUUUGCCACAAGUUCCUGGAGGAGCCUGCUUGCCAGCCUCCUGCCCACAGGCUAUGGACCCUGUAAAAUGUGAUGUAAAAGUCUCCGCUCGUGUAUUUGGACUAUAUGGUUUGGGAACCGAACAGCUGCAUGAACCGGAGACCACCCUGGAGCUUGUUAAGCCUAAUUGCUACUUUGUAAGCAAUUUCCACUUCAGUGUUCAGUAUAUGUCACUGCAUAGUAGCUGCAAUUACUAUGGAUGACCAUGAGGUGUCGGCCAUCUGGUUCGCAUGAACGCAGGCAGCAGUGUUUGGUCGUUGAGUUCAUGGAAUUAUUUUCGGAUACUAAAACUCCUGAACACCGCUGGACUUCCAUGAUCACCUGCGUUCGGUUCUAAAACCCUUAGAAAGACACUGUUUGGUGGAAACGUUGCCGCGAACAAGGGGAACAAGCUCCAGGGUAAGAUUAUUGACUAUGUUUGGUAGUUUGUUCGUUUUUAAACUACCAAACUAGACCGACCGCAAUCCCUGAUUCUCUGGAACUGUUUUGGGCAUGGGACCAUGUGUGCGAUCGGUCAAAUUAUGACUUCCAGGAAAUUCCUGAACGCCUGAACUGAUCUGGGUGAUUUUUGGAUAUGUUGGUAACCCAACAUGUAUGUAUUUUGUAUGUAUUUUUAAGGUACUUUUAGGGUGUUUGGGAAAUGUGUGUUUUUUUGUACUUGGAGAUAAUUGAGUUUAAUACAGUGCUUGACUCAAUUAUCUCCCAGGCACAGGGGAGGGAUUGUUUUGUUUUGCUUUGUAUAGGAGUGUCCUGGACCUGAAAGCCAAUGUAAACAUGUGUAUGUUUUUACUGUAGUCUACUCUCUGGCCCAGGGGGGAAUUCCCCUUGCAUAGGGACCUGCACAUAAGGCCAGUUGUGGCUGCCAUUAAAUGCAUUCCAGCUUGUUCUCACAGAACUAUGUGUUGUCUGGUUACUGGGAGGGGAAAUGGCUUUUCUUUAAUCACUGUUCCAAUGUGGAGGAUUCAACAGGGAAUGUCCUUGUAAGGACUAGAGCUCCCAGGACUGAGUGUCGUCCAGUGCCUGGGGGUGACUAGAGCAAAUUCCCCAUUCGGCUCCAGGAGGGAGCGGUUCCAGGAACCCAGUCAAGCCGAGGCAUCUGUGGGCAGAAGUGGUGUGGUUGUCCCCUGUUCCAGCUAGGAAAUGGUUGUUGGCAGAGGUACCGAGCCAGGGGUACAUUCCAAAAACAUAAUAAAACAGUAGAGGAACGCCACAAUUCUUAUAUCCCUGAAUAGCCUGAGUGCACAACAUAUCCGAAAAGUGCUCAGAUUGGUUAGGUGUAACGCGAUCGUUAUUUGGGAGAAGAUUUCACCGGCUGGCCAUGAGGUGAUGUCCCAAAAGAGUUCCAGAGAAUCUAAGGCUGAAGCCGGUCUUGGUUCGGAAGUUCCUGCGCGAACACCGACAAAUGCUCCCCCUGGCUCUUAGUUAGUGAAUGCUCUCCCUAGUCGGUAGAUCAUAUCUCUCGAACGUGGUUUUUGUAGUUGAUUGGGAAAGUAUACAGGCAGCAGUACUAUCUUGACCGGGGUUCGCGAGAACCUGUAGCCAAAAUGAGUUCCACGCACUCGAUGACAAAGUACCGCUGCCUGCGUUUGGGAGACAAAAUGGCCUGAACCACGUGCGUUUAAUUUUAUAAACGGCGGCCACCCUUCGAAAGCACUGAAGUAUUCCUUAAUUGCAGUUAACAGCCGGGGUGGUCGGUGUUCUACGUCAAUAACAGGGGGGAAUACACAAGUUCUGUUCGGUUCUCGAACAGGGGGUUACAGAUCUGUUCACAAGAACUCAAUAUGGGUUCCGGCAACACCAGGGACUGAUGCCAGGUCCGCCACAUACCCCAACUGCAUAAUGACAGGAUGGGAUUAUUAAUCAAAAAAUAAAAAACAAAAAAAAUAAUAACUUCUGUGUCAGUGGAUGGUUCCACUUAUUCGAAAAUAUUUUCUUUCUAAUAAACCCUAAUAAAUUAUCAUUAAACACUAUGUUUCCUGUCCAAUCAAGAUAUGGAAAAAAAGAUGAUUGAGAACUGCCAUUGUUCACCCUCAACCUUUCCCUGUUAGUCAUUACAUGGUUUACCUCAAAGGACCACUAUAGGCCAGGCCCAGCUAGGUUUAACCCUUUUUGCUGUAAACAUAGGAGUUUCAGAGAAACUGCUAUGUUUACCUAUGGGUUAAUCCAGCCUCUAGUUGCUGUCUCAUUGACAGCUGCUAGAGGCGCUUCCACGCUUCUCACUGUGAUUUUCACAGUCAGAAGACGCCAGCGCCCAUAGGAAAGCAUUGAGAAUGCUUUCCUAUGGACUGGCUGAAUGCGCGCGCGGCACUUGCCGUGCAUGCACAUUCAGCCAGGGACGUCAGAAGAGGGAGGAGAGUCCCAGCGCCGAGGGAGCCCGGCGAUGGAAAAAAGGUAAGGGAUUAACCCCUUCCUCCCCCUUCAGCGCCACGGGAGUGGGACCCUGAGUGUGGGAGCAGCCUCAGGGCACUAUAGUGCCAGGAAAACGAGUAUGUUUUCCUGGCACUAUAGUGGUCCUUUAAUGUAAAUAGUUGGGAUUUUAAAAAAUGAAUCCAGUUCAUAUGCAGACCUGUCUGCUCUGCAAAAUACAGACAAAUAGUGUGAACAAUGUCUAAAUUUUGACCUGUACAGAACUAACAUGGAAUCACCAAUUUACAGUUUGACAAAUCUAGUCAUGUGUCUGUAGAAAGAAAAGGGACUGUGUUAUUCAGUGAAAGGCGAAAAAAUAAAAUGUCCUCUUCCCUAGCUUCUGCCACAGUGGCAAUCACUGACCAAAUCCUAGUCACAUUUGGCUUUAGUAAAUAUGAGAAUUGCUAAUGCGAUUGGAAUAAGCAACCUGUGGCAGCCAGAAAUAGGCAUUUACAGCUAAUUCCAGCAGGUAUCUGUAACAGAUCACCUGGCACCCCCGACUGGGUACCUCCGUUGAAGGAUGCUCCUAGCGCUUCCUGAGGACUCCAAGCACUGCAGUAGACACCACAACCACCGAACCAGAGAAGCAUAUGAAUGCUCUCAAGCAUAUGAAUGCUGUAAGCAGCUGAACAGGAAAAGCAUACAAUCAGCUUACACUCCUGGCAAUCAGCAUAUAAUCCAAUUCCCCCAAUAAUGAGACAACACUUCGUUUUGAGGUCAAGCAGAUCUGACAGAGCUGUGGGUUUAUUGUUCUUAUAUACACAUUAGUACCACCCACAGGGUUUUGGAAAACAACCAAUCAAUAUGUACAAUACACUCAGACACACCCACACAAAAUCCUCCCCUCUACCUGUGAUACAAUUACCUUACACAAUGGGUAAUUAUCACAGACAGAGAAAUACAGUUUCAUAAAACACAUCACAGGGACCCCAAAACAUGCAAUAACCCCAUAAACAUAUCGUAAAUUCACCAAGAUCCGUUCAGUACUUUGGAAGAUACCGUUUAAUGCAGAUUCCACAGAACAUAUGCAGGCUAUAUGAAAAACAAUUACUGUAUAAUGUGUCCCCUGUUGUAUAGUCCAAAACCACUGCACGAUGUCUCUGUUCACCAAAUACCGGCGAGAUGGCACCAUGUUGAAAAGUCCAAACAGUGUCUGUGAGUUAAAAUGGCCGCCAUCCAUUGUUCUCACCAUGUGCUUCAUCCAUUGUUCUCACCAUGUGCCUCUGAUACAUGAAAUGGUGGCCACCCAGUAACUCCACAGUAUGUCCCCAGAUGGUUCUUAAAGGGCCAGCAGCAGCACAACACAAAUCCAUUAUGCCCAAAUCAUGUCUUUAAAGGGCAAUACAUCCCAGGGGCCAUAGUCACAUGGCAGGAGGCUGGCAAUCAGUCUUCUCCAAUGCCCAGUGGUGAGGUCGGUUUCCGGUUUCGCCACAGUAUCUUUAUCAGCAAGAAUUUAGUUUCCAUUUCAAUAGUCAUUAGGAAACAGAUGUAAAUGUAUAAUAAUAAUGCACGGUUAAAUAGCUAGAAUACAGAAUUCUUCAUUCAUUACUUUAUAUCAAGUAAUGUUGACUCAUUGCUAACAUCCUACAUUCUUGAUUUUUUUUUUUCUUGCAGAAAGUGAUAACUGCCAGAAAUGUCCAGAUAAUGAAUGGACGGACCAAAGAAAAGUAACCUGUAUUCCCAAAAUGUACGAUUUCUUAUCAUAUGAAAAGGAAAUUAUGGGUCCACUUUUUGCUUCCAUAUCUUCAUUAUGUUUAUUUGUUACAAUCGUUGUAUUGAGAAUCUUUUUUGUAUUCCGAAAUACCCCUAUUGUGAGAGCUAAUAACAGGAGCCUUAGCUUUAUCCUCCUGGUCUCCAUCAUACUAAGUUUCCUCUGUGUGUUUUUGUUCCUCGGUAAUCCUGUGUAUAUAACCUGCAUGCUGCGUCAGACCUGCUUAGGAGUUACCUUCUCAGUAGCUGUGUCUUCUAUACUGGGAAAGACAAUCAUGGUUUGCAUUGCUUUCAAAGCCACAAAACCGGGAAGCUCCUGGAGAAAGUGGGUUGGAGUUAAAGUAUCAAGUUAUGUAGUCAUGAUGUGCACCUCUGUCCAAGUUCUGAUUAAUGUUAUUUGGUUGUCUGUUUCUCCCCCUUUCCAGGAGUUUGACAUGCACUCUUACCCUACGAUUAUCAUCAUUCAAUGUAAUGAAGGAUCAGUUCUUGCUUUCUAUUGUGUGUUGGGUUACAUGGGAAUGAUGGCCUCUAUGAGUUUUGUUCUGGCUUUCAUGGUGAGGACAUUACCGGACAGUUUUAAUGAAGCCAAAUACAUCACCUUCAGCAUGCUGGUGUUCUGCAGUGUUUGGAUUGCAAUGAUCCCGGCCUAUCUGAGCACCAAAGGGAAAUACAUGGUGGCUGUAGAAAUCUUUGCCAUAUUGGCUUCCAGCGCUGGGAUACUGAGCUGUAUAUAUUUCCCCAAAUGUUACAUUUUGCUAAGAAAACCAGAGAUGAAUACUAGAAAGCACAUAUUAGACAGACAUAAUUCCUAA